GAACUCGGCCCCGGCGCACGUGCGCGAGUGCACACGGUGAUGUGAUGGACAACCUGAGGCGAGAGCGGCUCCUGCUGGGCUUGCAACCUGUGUCAGCAGGCGGAGGCAGUAGUGAGGAGGAUGAGGAGGAGCUGGUGUUUCGGCUGCAGCCGCCGUUCCGGGAGCGCACCGACUGUGCCGCUGCCAAGGAGCGGAGCAGGGAGGUGGCAAAGCACCUGGUCGCGGAAUUUCCGGGCAACAAGGCCGAGAUUGAGAUGCGGGUGACACGGAGCUGGGAGGAGCGCAGCGCCUUCCCCUUCGCGGGUCUGUGGGCGCGCGCCAAGGCGGCCGGAGGUUCCAGCAGUGGAGGCGGAGGCAGAUGCGGAGGCGGCGGAGGCGGUGGCGGCGCGGGCAAGGGCGAGCAGCUGCUGUGUGCGGCGCUGCUGCGCCUGCACCUGGACGCGAGGGACAGCAAGAAGAGCCUUGUGCAGGUGCUCUACAUGUCCACCAUCCCAAGGCGGCAGCGGCAGGGCCUGGGACGCCUCCUCACCCGGUGCCUGCAGCAGGCGGCGCACGAGGCGGGGCAGCAGCACAUGACGGUGGUGCUGGCCGGUCCGGACGUGCGGCCCUUCUGGACAAAGCUGGGGUUCGCGGCGCCGGCCCGUAGCUCACCCGAGGAGCUCGUGUGCAGCCAGAGCGCCGCGAGUGCGGCGGGGCAGACCAAGGAGGUUUGGCUCGCGCACCUGUCGGCGCUGCAACCUGCAGAGCUGGUGGCGGAGGCGGUGCAACGUGCUCAGGGCGCCAGGCAACGUGCGCUGGGGCUGUCGGCGACUGAGCCCGCAUCCCAGUUGCAGGAGGCGCCGCAGCCGCAGCCGCAGCACCGAGCGGAUGCGGCACAGCAGCUGCCUGCUGCUACCAGCGCUGCAGCGGAGGGCAGCAAUGAUGCUGCUGUACCAUCACCCGAGCUUGCACCUCUUGGUGCUGCGCCAAGCGAGCCACCGCUGAUGUCCCUGGCGGCGGCAUUGGGUACGGUCGUGAAGCAAGAACCACAGACACCGCAGCAGCAGCCAACGCAGAAGCAGGUGCAAGGGGAACCAGCAGCAGAGCAGCCAACACACCAGCGGCCACAGACACAAGCACAGUCUUUGCCACUGCAGCCGGGGCCGCCGCUGUCGGCGACUGGUCGGCUCGGCGCCGGUGGCUGGACGCGGGUCAUUGCGACGCCAGCAGUUGCCGCGGCUAGCAGUGCCGCUGCUGCCGGCGGGGCCCUUUCGGGUCAGUCGGCUGUUGCCGCUGCUGCGGCUGCUACUGCUGCUCCAGAUGCGGUUCCGGCUGCACUCAGCCAGCGCGGCGCCGGUGGCUGGUCCCGGGUCGCUUCGGCUCCGGCUCCGCCUCAGGCGACGGCGGCAACAGCUGCCGCAGGAAGUGCCGCCGCCAGUGGGGCCACUGCGGGACAGCCGCACGAACAGCUGCAGCAUCAGCAGCACCCGGCCGCGGCUGCUGAUGUUGUGGCUGCUGCUCCACGUCCAGCAUCGUUGCCGGUGGCGGCAGCUGCAUAUGACGGCACCAGGGCGAGGUGCAGCAGCCCUGAGGGCGGGCGGCGCCCCAGCAGCGGCAGUGCGGCUGUCCCUACUGCUGCCGCCAAUGGCUCGGCGGGCAUUGCCGCUGCAAUGGUUAAAACAGAAACCGCAGCGCUGGGGCCGUAUGGGGAAGCGGCAGCGGCAGCGGCGGCCGGUGACGGCGCCACGGCUUCUGCUGCUGGGCCUUCAGGGGACAGGGAAAGUGCUGCGACAACAGCCCGGGCUGCGGCUGCGGCGCGUGGUGACGGAGCUGGGCGGCAAGGCAGUGUGGACCGGGAGGCGGCAGGCGGCAGUGCUACGGCGCUGUUGCUGGGAGGCCCUCAUGCUGCUGCUGCGGCGGUGGCGGCUGGCGGCGGCUCUAGCAACAGGCCGGACCACAGCAUGGCGCCAACGUCUGCUUCGCCGGCCCAAUCGCAUGACAGGGUGGAGGAACCUGCUGGCAGUAGGGGGGGAAGCGGAGAGGGCAGCGGGGAGGGCAGCGGAGAGGGCAGCGGGGAGGGCAGCGGGGAGGGCAGCGGGGAGGACAGCGUGCAGGCGGAUGCCGAGCGGGACGCUGAGGGGCAGCAGCAAGAGGAAGAGGGAGAGGAAGAGGACAAAGAGCAGGAGCAGGAGGAGGAGCGGGAGGAGGAGCGGGGGGAGGAGCGGGAGGAGGAGCAGGAGCAGGAGCAAGGCCCGGGCGAGGAGGUGGAAACGCGCGGCCAGGGCGCCGGGCCGUCCAGUGCGGGGCGGACCAGCGGCACCGCGCGGCAGAAACGAGAAGCGGCCCGGGCUGCGGCUAAGCGCUCGGGCCGGUCGCGGAAACAGGCGCGUGUUGAAGAGCAGGGCCAGGGCGAGGGAAGUCAGCCCGCAGUGGAGACGGAGGCGACAGCGGUGACAAACAGCCAGCAGGGGCAGUCACCCGCAGCCCCUCAGCCCAAGAGGGCCCGGCGCAGCCAGCCUAAGAAGGAGGUGGCACUCAAGGGCGCCAAGCCUACGACUCCAAACCAACGUGCGUGGGCCCUCAUCUUCACACACGUUGCCGGCACGCUGGGUCCCCGUAAUGGCCUGUACGGACCUGGCAUGUUGGUGGAGGAGAUUGUGCGUGGCGGCCUGGCCUGUCGCGACAUGUUCAUUGCGUCUCGGGCGGGGCUGGACGCGCUGGCGGAGGGGGUGGAGGCCAAGCAGCAUGCGUGCCUGGGCACGUACCCAAUGCCGUCGCUGGAUUCCUGGGAGACAGCGGAGAUGGCCAUGGUUGGGCUGGCGCGGGACGCUGACGCGUACCUCAACAUGGACUGGCAACUCUGGGACCGAGUGCUCGGCAAGCCGCUGAACUGCCACCUCUGGGAGCUACGGAGAGCCAUCCGCUUCCUCAACCUCGACUGGAAAGCGGGAUGCUUCUUCGUGCCGGACAUGUGCGAGGACAAGUCCGAGCUGGCAGCGGCGCUGCACAAGCACUUCCGUCUGCCCGAGGGCGGCGUCUGCCCCGUGCAGGCGCGGCUGUGGGUGGCACUGAGGCAGGAGCGGGGUGCCAGCCCUUUGAGGUGGCCAGGCGGCUCAGGCGAGCUGUUCGGCGCUCUAGAGGCCCUGGCGAACCGGGCCAAGGACCCGCGCGCUGAGCGGGCCUGGCGCCAGGAGGACGUCCGGAGCUGCCGCCGGCUGGUGGUCGCGGAGUUUGGGUGCGCGGCCGCUGUCAUGGACGCGCACCGAGUGCUGCUUGCUCGUGAGGAGGAGGUGCGGCAGCAGAAAGCGGAGGUGCAUCGCGCGGCGCUGCAGAAACUGAGGCAGGAGGCAUUGCGGCGGCUGGAUGCCCCGCAGCCGUGGGCAGAGGGGGUGGAGCCAGCAGUUGGCAGGGACGCGCUUUUGGGGCAGCUGCAGAAGUACCGAAGCAGCCUGCAGUCACAGCUCAAACAGCUGAAGAAGGCACGCAAAGCUGCCGGGCAUGAGUUACAUCAGUUGCAGCCGCAGCGUGAGCGGCUCCCAGCAGCCCAUGGCCCGGCCGUGCAGCCCCUACCGGCGCCUCCCACGCAGCAGCAGGAGCAGCCUCCUCAGCCGCAGGCCCAACAACCCGCGGACCAGCCGCCGCCACCGCAGCAGCGACAGCAGCAGCCGCAGCACCAGCACCAGCAGCAGCAGCAGGUGCGCCUGCAGCUGGAAGAGCAGCAACGUCGGGAGGCAGGGGAGGCAGAGGAUGCGCGCUGGAAGAGCGAGGAGGCGCGCCGCAAGACAGAGGACACGAAGCGGCAGCUGGAGGACAAGCAGCGCAGCAAGGAGGACGCCCGCCGGCAGAGUGAGGACAACAGGCGCCGCAACGAGGACCGCCGCAGGCAGCAGGAGGAUGAGCGGCGGCGGCAGGAGGACGACCGGCGCGCGCAGGCUUUGGCGCGGCGUGACCGGGAGGCGCAGGCGCAGGCGCAGGCGCAGGCGCAGGCGCAGGCGCAGGCGCAGGCGCAGGCGCAGGCGCAGGCGCAGGCGCAGGCGCAGGCGCAGGCGCAGGCGCAGGCGCAGGCGCAGGCGCAGGCGCAGGCGCAGGCGCAGGCACAGGCGCAGGCGCAGACGCAGGCGCAGGCGCAGACGCAGGCGCAGGCGCAGGCGCAGACGCAGACGCAGACGCAGACACAAACGCUGCCGCAGCCGCAGCCGCAGCCGCAGCGGAAUCUGCUACCCUUGCCUGAUCCCAGGGUGGGGAUGCCAUUGCCAGCGACGUCAGCACUGCAGCACGGGCGGCUUGGUCCGCGACCCGUGCUGCCGCCGCCGCCGCUGCACUUACUGGAGGGCGCGCCGCACCAUCAGCAACUGUACAGCUUUGCGCCAGGCCAUCAGGAGCUGGCCUGGCAGCUACACGGACACCACAGCCAACGCCAUCAGCCCUGGCAGCCUUGUCAGCCGCUCCAUUGGAACUCAUAUCACUACCAGCAGCAGCGCUCGCAAUGGCAAGCGCAGGAGCGAGCGCAGCAGCAAGCGCAGCAGCAAGCGCAGCAGCAAGCGCAGCAGCAAGCGCAGCAGCGAGCGCAGCAGCAAGCGCAGCAGCAAGCGCAACGGCAAGUGCAGCAGCAGGCGUUACAGCAAGCGCGACAACGGAAGGAGGCGGAGCUGCAGCAGCGUCUGGCAGUGCUGGAUAGUAGUCAGGCCGACAUCGAGCAGAAGAUUCGCGAGAUAGGCUGGCAUAGGGAGGUCAUGAACGUGCUGCACACAGAGGCACAGAGCGCGGAGCUGGCGCGCCUGACGGAAUUGGCGGCAGCAGAGGACGCGCCGGCAGCAUUGCGCGCAGCGGUGCAGGGCUAUGAGGAGCGGCGACUGGACUUCCUGGCCUACAAGAUGGAGCGACACGACGGCGGCGGCAAGCAGCGACUUCUCGAACGCUUGCACUGUGCCUGCGGCGGCUGGCCACAUCCUUCAUGCUGGCUGGUGCUGUGCUCCACCUGCUGCAAGGCGCUGCCCAAGCAGGCGGGCUGCUGCCCCGCCGGGGCGCACUAGUUGCUUGCCGGGAAGGGGCGGAGGGGCUGUUGGCAUGCAUGAGUGGACACGCUCGUGAUGGCGGCGUGUGGUGGGCGCGGGUUGCGGGUCGCAUGGGAGUCCUCGCAGCAGGGGAAGAGGUGGGCCAUGGACCUAUAGUCGUUUCUGGCUGGUUGGACUUGAUGAGGGAAGGAGACAUGGAGUGCGGUUGCAGGGAAUUGUGUGCGGGAGGCAGGGAGGGAAGCACCAUACUGCGGAUGGAGGGUCCCCGACCGGCCGACCCCGGCAAUGGAGUGUGAUAGAAGAGGAGGUGCCCAGCCUCGGCGCCGGCCUGGAGCUCAAGACCUUGGGUGCUCAUCAGGCAUAGCUGGU